AUGCCCAUCUCUAUCCCUCUGCCUUCUCUCGUGGCCACUGCCACAGGCAUCACUGGCUCAGCAUAUGCAUCUGGCUUCAUUGCCUCUCUUUCACUUGCUGGUAUACCUUCUGCUCUGCAACUCUCAGGACCACCCGCUGUUUCCGUUUGGCAGGUCCUCUUCAACCGCGGAUUCGCUCUUAUGCCCAAAUUUGCUGGGACAACUGCAAUCGCAUAUCUAUACGCCGCAUACACAGCUCAUCAGCAGGGCCGUAACUGGAAGGGCCUGGCUGCUAGUGCUGCCUUGACUGUCUCGAUCGUCCCUUUCACUAUCAUUUUCAUGAGUUCAACAAAUGACCUUCUGUUUAAGGCGUCUGCUGGAACCUUGGAUGCCUCACAGGAGGACGUGGCUACAUUGAUCGGAAGAUGGGGAGUUUUGAACUUAGUACGAAGUCUGCUUCCUCUUGCUGGAGCGGCUCUGGGUUUCUCAACUCUGUUCAGUGAAGAGUGA